AAAACGACGUCGUGGCCCGCAUUCUCACCAGCAACACAAUAAUAAUAAGUAGCAUUCGCGGUGCCGGUGUCCAACAGAAAUCGAAGAAUCGAGAAGAACAGGGUUUCUAGGGUUCCAUUUCGAAGAACAAGAUGAGUACGUAUAAUUACGUCGUUACAGCUCAUAAGCCGACGAAUGUCACUCAUUCAUGUGUAGGUAAUUUCACCGGUUCUCAAGAACUCAACCUUAUCAUCGCGAAAUGUACGCGUAUAGAGAUUCAUUUACUUACUCCUCAAGGCUUGCAGCCUAUGCUGGAUGUGCCAAUAUACGGAAGAAUCGCAACCCUAGAACUUUUCCGUCCUCAUGGUGAAACACAAGACCUGCUGUUUAUUGCAACAGAAAGAUACAAAUUUUGCGUUCUUCAAUGGGAUGCUGCUGCGAACGAGGUUAUUACAAGAUCUAACGGUGAUGUCUCAGAUCGCAUAGGCAGACCUACAGACAAUGGCCAGAUAGGCAUAAUUGACCCCGACUGCAGACUCAUUGGACUCCAUUUGUACGAUGGCUUGUUCAAGGUUAUUCCAUUCGAUAACAAAGGACAACUCAAAGAAGCAUUUAACAUCAGGCUAGAAGAACUUCAAGUUUUGGAUAUCAAAUUUCUAUAUGGUUGUCCAAAGCCUACAAUUGUUGUUCUAUAUCAGGAUAACAAAGAUGCUCGCCAUGUUAAAACAUACGAGGUUUCUUUAAAGGACAAAGACUUUGUUGAGGGUCCGUGGUCUCAGAACAAUCUCGAUAAUGGUGCUGAUUUGCUGAUUCCGGUUCCUCCACCUUUUUGUGGUGUAUUAAUUAUUGGGGAAGAGACAAUUGUCUAUUGUAGUGCUUCUACAUUUAAAGCGAUUCCAAUUAGACCCUCAAUUACUAGAUCAUAUGGAAGGGUGGAUGCUGAUGGUUCUAGGUAUUUACUUGGUGAUCUUAGUGGGCUUCUUCACUUGCUCGUCAUAGCACACGAGAAAGAAAAGGUUACUGGACUAAAAAUUGAGCUUCUCGGGGAAACAUCUGUAGCAUCAACCAUAUCAUAUCUUGAUAAUGCGUUUGUAUAUGUAGGCUCAAGCUAUGGAGAUUCCCAGCUUAUUAAGUUAAAUCUCCAGCCUGAUGCAAAGGGUUCUUAUGUAGAAGUGCUAGAAAAGUAUGUCAACUUGGGCCCUAUUGUUGACUUUUGUGUGGUUGACUUAGAGAGGCAAGGUCAAGGCCAAGUUGUCACUUGCUCAGGAGCAUAUAAAGACGGCUCUCUUCGCAUCGUUAGAAACGGAAUUGGGAUAAACGAACAGGCAUCUGUGGAACUACAAGGUAUAAAAGGAAUGUGGUCACUAAGAUCAGCAACAGAUGAUCUGUAUGACACAUUUUUGGUUGUUAGCUUUAUUAGCGAGACUCGAAUAUUAGCAAUGAAUAUGGAAGAUGAGCUCGAGGAAACUGAAAUUGAGGGCUUUUGUUCUCAAGUACAAACAUUAUUCUGUCAUGAUGCUGUGCAUAAUCAACUUGUUCAGGUUACUUCAAGCUCUGUGAGACUUGUGAGUUCGGUAUCCCGAGAAUUAAGACAUGAGUGGCCUGCACCUGCUGACUACUCUAUCAAUGUUGCCACUGCUAAUGCUACUCAGGUUCUUUUGGCUACUAGAGGUGGCCAUCUUGUCUAUCUCGAAAUUGGUGAUGGAAUAUUAGUUGAAAAAAAGCAUGCCCAACUGAAAUACGACAUUUCAUGCCUCGACAUAAAUCCGAUCGGUGAAAAUCCAAAUUACAGUAGCCUUGCUGCUGUUGGUAUGUGGACGGACAUUAGCGUUAAAAUAUUUUCACUCCCGGACCUAAAUCUCAUGACUGAGGAACAGUUAGGUGGUGAAAUUAUACCCCGAUCCGUUCUUCUAUGUGCCUUUGAAGGGAUACCUUACUUGCUAUGUGCACUUGGAGAUGGUCAUCUUUUGAACUUUUUACUGAACAUGAGUACUGGCGAAUUAACUGAUAGGAAAAAAGUUUCACUUGGGACCCAACCAAUAACCCUUCGAACGUUUUCAUCGAAGAAUACCACACAUGUUUUUGCAGCCUCUGACAGGCCAACAGUUAUAUACAGCAGUAACAAAAAGUUACUCUACAGUAACGUGAACCUGAAAGAAGUCAGUUACAUGUGCCCAUUCAACUCUGCUGCUUUCCCAGACAGUCUUGCAAUUGCUAAAGAAGGUGAAUUGACAAUUGGGACAAUUGAUGAUAUUCAGAAGCUUCACAUCCGUUCAAUUCCUCUCGGUGAACAUGCAAGGCGUAUCUGCCAUCAAGAGAAGUCUCGUACAUUUGCGAUAUGCAGUUUAAAGUACAACCAGUCAAGCACAGAAGAAUCGGAAAUGCAUUUUAUUCGUUUGUUAGAUGACCAAACAUUUGAUUUCAUAUCCACUUAUUCACUUGACCAAUUUGAGUACGGUUGCUCCAUACUCAGCUGUUCUUUCUCAGAUGACAACAAUGCAUAUUACUGUGUCGGGACUGCUUAUGUUAUGCCAGAGGAGAACGAACCAUCAAAGGGCCGUAUUUUGGUUUUCCUAGUUGAAGAUGGGAAGCUACAACUAGUAGCUGAGAAAGAAACUAAAGGUGCUGUUUACUCCUUGAAUGCCUUCAAUGGUAAACUCCUUGCUGCUAUAAAUCAAAAAAUUCAGCUGUACAAGUGGAUGCUUCGUGACGAUGGCACACGUGAACUACAAUCUGAAUGUGGACAUCACGGUCACAUUCUUGCUCUCUAUGUACAAACUCGUGGGGAUUUCAUCGUUGUUGGUGAUUUGAUGAAAUCAAUUUCACUCUUGAUUUAUAAGCAUGAGGAAGGUGCUAUAGAGGAACGGGCCCGUGACUACAACGCCAACUGGAUGUCAGCUGUAGAAAUUCUUGAUGACGACAUAUACCUUGGUGCUGAAAACAAUUUCAAUCUUUUUACAGUCCGUAAAAACAGCGAAGGUGCUACUGAUGAAGAACGAGGCCGCCUAGAGGUUGUUGGUGAAUACCACCUUGGUGAAUUUGUGAACCGUUUCCGACACGGUUCACUUGUGAUGCGGUUGCCAGAUUCUGAUGUUGGUCACAUCCCAACCAUAAUUUUUGGAACCGUUAACGGUGUUAUUGGCGUUAUUGCUUCACUCCCACAAGACCAAUACAUUUUCAUGGAGAAACUUCAAACCAGUUUAAGAAAGGUCAUAAAAGGUGUCGGCGGGUUGAGCCACGAGCAAUGGAGGUCGUUUUAUAACGAGAAGAAAACCGCUGACUCGAGAAAUUUCUUGGACGGUGACUUAAUCGAGUCGUUUCUUGAUCUGGGAAGGAACAGAAUGGAAGAAAUAUCGAAAACUAUGAAUGUUUCGGUGGAGGAACUUAUGAAGAGAGUAGAAGAACUAACAAGGUUGCAUUGAGUUACUUCGCAACAGAAACCUUCUUUGAAUCUUUUGUCAUAUGAAACACUGCACCUUUUUUCCUUGGUUUGGUUUGUAUCAUCUUAUAAUGUUGUUGCACAAAAGAAAGAAAGUUUGUCACUUUAUCUUGCCUUUCACCAUCUUUUAUUUAUUUUUUCUUGAAUGAGUUUAUGUUA